CGGCCGCCGCGUGUUCGCAGUGCGCGUUCGACUGUGUACGUCGUCGACUUUUUUUCGCCACGCUCCGUCCGCCGUACCGCGCACGUAAGUUUUUCUCCGCUCCGACGGCGUUCGCGUCGAUUUCCGUUUAAUAAUCACCGCCGCCAGACGUGAUAGUAGAACGCGCGCGCAACGGAUUUUGAAAUUCAUACGCGUUGUUUUUGUUUUCGCGGGGAGUAGGGACGGGGAGAAGGAAAAAAAAAAAAAAACGACAACCGUCCGAGGACCGUUAUCAUAGGUGUUGAUUUCGGGUGAUAGUGCUCGUCGCGGGGAGAGCGGAGAGAGAGCGAAAAAAAGCAACACAUUUUCGGGCGGGUCCGUGAGUGCGUCCCGUGAUAAGAGAUAAAAUGGUACGAGCCACGAUCGCAGCCGGUUGUCAUUACGUUACAUAAUGCGUCGACUAUUUUUACCGAUUUGAUUCCCUUUUUCAUUGGUCGUGUCGCGCGCCCGGUGCGUAACUGUUCGAACGGAUGUGCUCCGACCGCCGACGCUGUUCCGCGGUCUCUCCUCGUAGUCGUACGUCCAUUUCACCACCGAACCGGUUCUGUGCUGCGUGAAUGCUGGAUCCCACCGAGUGCCGUAGGAUUUCGUUGCGUUUUUGUAUUUUGAUUUUUGUUCAGUUUUCUCACCGAACUCUCUCUGCCGAGUGAGCUGUUAACGGUUUUUCCCGCUACCGGACCGCAGACCCGAAUCUUCGGCGGAAACGCAAUCACCGACGACCAUGGAUGCCUGAGAACCGUUAUCGUCAAAUUCGCCACAGAAGACAUACCCUCGACAAUGGCCACGACGCCGUUCGUGGUGAAGCACGAUGGGAAGAAGCACAAUAUCGAACACUUCCUACGCUUCCACCCGGGCGGCACCAAUACUCUAGCAGCCCUGAGAAACGUGGACGUCACCAACAGGCUGUUGGCCACUCACCACUCGGCUGCUGCGUACGAGUUGCUCAAAGAUUAUAGAGUAGAUGAGGAAAAUGAACACAAACACAUCAGGGAGGAUGGUGACUUAGAGAGCCUUGUAGAUUGGAACCAACCAAUGUUUUGGCAAGUCGGGUCAUUAGGCCCUAAAUAUAAAGAAUGGGUAUUGGCUCCCGUUGAUCGAAGGCUGAGAUUAUUUAGCUCCGAUUUCAUUGAGUCACUCACCAUUACUUCUUGGUAUAUGGUACCAUCAAUUUGGAUACCUGUUAUGUUAUACCUGAUAUUCAUUGGUUACCAGAGGUUAAGAAGUACACUACCCAGCACGGUAGAUCAAACAUAUUUCGAUAAUUUUUCGAUAGGAACAUGGGUUGUAUGUUCAACCGUCUUGGGUUUAUUUUUGUGGCCUCUUAUUGAGUACACUAUUCAUCGUUGGUUGUUUCAUCUGCAGCCUCCAGACAACUCGCCCCUACUUAUCACAUUACAUUUUGGCAUUCACGGUCUUCAUCACAAGGUGCCAUUCGACGACCGAAGGUUAUUGUUUCCGCCUGGACCAGCUGCCGUGCUCAUAUCGGCUGCUUACGCCAUAUACCUGAUGUUGUUCCCCCAUUGGAUGGCACCGUUGGUAUUAGCCGGUAUGAUAGCGGGCUAUGUAACUUAUGAUUUAAUUCAUUUCUAUUUACACUACGGAUGUCCCAGGGAAGGCUCGUACCUGUACACGAUGAAAAGAUACCACAACCAACAUCAUUUCGCACACCACGAGAGCGGUUUCGGUAUCAGCAGCCAAUUUUGGGAUCAUAUAUUCGGCACCGCAAUUGCACUGAAAAAGCUUAGCCGGUGUUUGAAAUGGUACUAACCGUGUACCCAAAACUCGUGCCUUAUUAAAUAAAAAAAAA